AUGCCGCAGAAGCUCACCAACCAACUCGAAAACCGGCAGGUCUUCUUCGCCUUCGAAGUAAUCUACACCCUCUCCAUCUCCGCCCUCAAAGCCUCCAUCCUCUUCUUCUACAUCCGCGUCUUCAGCAUGGUCAGCCGCACCUUCAGCCUCAUCCUCUGGCUCACCCAGACCUUCAACUUCUUGUUCUGCCUCGCCUUCACCGUCGCGAACCUGAACCAGUGCCGCCCCUUCAGCAACGCCUGGGAGGCCUGGGACGGCCGCCACCCGGGGUACUGUAUUAAUGUCUACGCCAUGUUCAUCGCGCACGCGGCGAUCAAUAUCGCGCUCGAUGUGUGGAUGUUGGGGUUGCCCGUCACGCAGGUGCUGUGGUUGAAUUUGAGAAAGAGGCAAAAGGUGGAGAUUGUGGUCAUGUUUUCGUUGGGUGUUGUCAUCACAAUCGUCAGCGCAGUCCGUCUGAAAGUCCUCCUAAGCCUCGAAGGCUUCCAAGACCCAACCUGUAAGCCCUCCCUCCCCCAACGCUGCACCAACUCCUACCUACCUCAUCCAACCCCCGCGAUGCUAACCCCCUUCUUCCUCGCUACAGACGACGCAUUCUACCUCCACAUGUGGUCCUACAUCGAACUCUCCGUCGGCAUCAUCGUCGCAUGCCUCCCUUCGACCCGCCAAGUCUGGCGCCAUCUCGUCCCCAAACUCCUCCGUCUCGUCGGGCUGGGAAGUCCCAAACACCACCACAACCACCACCACGGCCAUGAAAGGCCGGGUGACUCAGCAAAGAAGCUUCGCGACAUUUUGUUUAUGAGUACGAACACAGGAGGUGGUGGAGGGGAAGAGGGAGGUGAGGAGGAGCAUUCGUCGUCAUCGGCGGGACCUUCAAGUCCGAGUGGAUCGUCGACUCGUCGUCAGGAGGUACACUGUAAUUUGUAA